AUGUCCGACAAGAAGAACGAAGACUAUGCUAUUCGUAUGCCCGACACGGGUUUGCGAAGCCCUUAUGACGGCGGAGAGAAGGAUCCCUUCAUCCCGUCCCGCCCUUCGCGCGCCGCUUCCCAACAGCAGCUCUCUUCCCAGAUCGCCAAGAUUGAGAAUAACCCGACUGUCUCUAUUCUUGCCUACUGUCUGUCCUCGAUUAGUAUGACCGUCGUCAACAAAUACGUCGUGUCCGGCUCCGAUUGGAACUUGAACUUCUUCUAUCUCGCAGUCCAGUCCAUUGUGUGUAUAGUAACCAUCGAGGUCUGCAAGCAAUUGGGUUUAAUCAAGACCCUUGCGCCUUUCGACGUAAACAAGGGGAAGCGAUGGUUCCCCGUCUCUCUUCUCCUCGUCGGUAUGAUCUAUACGAGCACAAAGUCGUUACAGCUCCUGUCCGUUCCCGUCUACACCAUCUUCAAGAAUUUAACCACCAUCGUUAUCGCAUAUGGCGAGGUUCUAUGGUUCGGAGGUAGUGUCACGCCUCUGGCACUCCUUUCGUUCGGUCUGAUGGUUAUGAGUUCCGUCAUCGCGGCUUGGGCCGACACGCGCAGCGCUAGUCAAACUGCCGAGGCCGCUGAGGCUCUUGCGUCCCUGAAUGCUGGAUACGCUUGGAUGGGUCUAAAUGUCUUCUGCACUGCUUCCUACCUUCUGAGCAUGCGUAAGGUUAUUAAGAACAUGAACUUCAAGGACUGGGAUAGCAUGUUCUACAACAACUUCCUCACCAUUCCCGUCUUAAUCGUCUGCUCGCUUAUCACCGAAGACUGGUCCAGCGAGAAUUUGGCCAAGAACUUCCCCACCGAGUCUCGAAAUGCUAUUUUGAUUGGUAUGAUCUACUCGGGUAUGGCUGCUAUCUUCAUCUCGUACUGCUCUGCGUGGUGCAUCCGAGUUACAUCCUCCACCACCUACUCUAUGGUUGGAGCUCUCAACAAGCUCCCGCUCGCCGUCAGCGGUCUUAUCUUCUUCUCUGCACCUGUCACCGUAGGCAGCGUUUCGGCCAUUUUGAUCGGGUUUAUCAGUGGUCUUGUAUACGCUUGGGCCAAGGUGCGACAGUCGCAGCUGGCCAAGAACUCGCUACCGACCACGCAGCCUACGAUGAGCGCAAGCUCCCAGAGCAAUCGCGACGCUAACUCGUAG